AUGUCGAACAUAAGAUCCCUUAGCGACCUGAGGAAGGAGGAAAAGAAAAACAAGGAACGCGUAGCGCACUAUACAGGCGGUCAAAACAGCGGACUGGAAGUGGAAAACUCAGACGAUGACAUGGCCCCUAGUUUCUUUACGUCCAAGUUGCCAGAAAACUGCAGAAGAAUCACGCUAUAUAAAAAUGGGUUCAUUGUAGAUGAUGGAGAAUUCCGAGAUCUAAACCUUGAAGAAAAUAAAAAAUUCAUGCAAAACAUCGAGGCAGGUAUUUUGCCAAAGGAAUUGGCUGGCAAGGAUAAAACCAUGAAUGUAGCCUUAAAGGAUAAGAGCAACCAAGUCUACACAAAGGAAAAAAUGGAGAAUACUAAUUCAACGUACAAAGGACAGGGCGUUAAAUUAGGGUCAACUAACGCACCAAGUUUUAGCGAAGAAGAAAUAAAAAAACUCGCAGAAUCUGCCCCAAGGGAUGUUAAAAAUAUCGACAUAGACGAUUCCAAACCCAUUACAACAUUACAUGUUAGAUUAUAUAAUGGAAAAAAGGUUUCUCAGAAAUUUAAUUAUGAUCAUACUGUGGAAGACUUAUUUGAAUUCGUGUAUAGUUACACCCCUAUUAAUUUUUCGCUCUUUUUUGAUUUCCCCCUUAAGAAAAUUGAGCGCAGCGGGCAGACAACACUGCAGGAUGCCAAACUGAUAGAUACGCUCAUUACGCAGAAGCUCACGUCGUGA